GGUAGGUGCAUCACAAAAAGGGAACAUUCAGCCAUUACACUGCGAUGAGGUGUGCCGGAGAUUUUGCAUAGAUUAUCAAGCAAUCAAGAAGCCACUAAAAAUAUCUGAAGUUGCUGAGCACACCUUUGCGCAUAGGUGUCUGGGUGUGGGUGGCUGGAUUCUUUGGGUUCUAAACUGUUCUGGGGGUGUAUCUAUAGGUUAUUUUCUAUUUCUUUGGGUGUAAUUAGAGUAGUUUCUUUUUGUAUUUAUCCUGAAAAUGACGGCUCAGGUAGACUACCUGGCGGUGUUGUUCACCACCACAUCUGGCGCGAGCGGAGACCUCUUGGGCUCGGACGAGACGGAGCUCGAGCAGUUGGUGUGGCAGCUCGUGGACUUGAAGAACAAAAAGUUGGGAAAGGUGAAUGAGGUGUUAAUAAGGCCUGAGCACUCGGACCUUACAGAAGAUUGUCUGGGGGAGAGAGAGGACAGCGAGGAGUCUGUCUCUACAGUCACAGGCUUGGAGAACGCGCUAAACCAGUUCCAUCUGAGAUUGACCAAUGAGGUGAACAGCUUGGGCGCGGGCACGUCAGUGUGUGUGUGUACAGACGGGCAGCUCCACAUUCGCCAGGUUCUCCACCCCGAAGCUGCGGGCAAGAACCUGGCACUGCCAGAAUGUUUCAACUCCUUUUUUGACCUGAGGAAAGAGUUCAGGAAGCACUUCCCGUCUGCAGACACCAAGAGCCUGGAGGUGCAGUACAUGGCAGAAUCUCUCAGUGUAACUGUGGAGCCAGUAGCCAUAUUGGAGCCGCCGACCGUACUGGAUCCAACGGCCGUGUUGGAUCCGACAGCCAUGUUGGAUCUGACGGCCAUUUUGUCACCGGUCACAGCAGCACUGCAGGUCCAGACCAUGGCCAACAUCGUUCUAGCCCUGCUAUUGGAACCCUUAUGUCACACAUUCUCAAACCCAGAGAGAGUCACUGAGAAGUUUGAAAGUGGCACUUGCAGUAAGAUGGAGCGUGUGUGUGACAACACAGUGAUCAGAGCGAGGGGGUUGCCGUGGCAGUCAUCUGACCAGGACAUCGCUCGCUUCUUCAGAGGACUCAACAUUGCCAAAGGUGGUGCUGCGUUGUGUCUGAACGCCCAGGGUCGGAGGAACGGAGAGGCUAUGGUCCGCUUCAUCAGUGAAGAGCACAGAGACAUGGCCCUGCAGAGACACAAACACCACAUGGGCAACAGAUACAUAGAGGUGUACAAGGCAACAGGAGAAGACUUCCUUAAGAUAGCAGGCGGUACCUCCAGUGAGGUGGCGUUGUUUCUGUCUCGCGAGGACCAGGUGAUUGUCAGGAUGAGAGGUCUUCCCUUCACCGCCACACCUGACCAGGUGCUGGCCUUCUUCUCCCAGGGGGAGGGGCCUAAAGAGGCGUGUCCUGUCAGUGGUGACAAGGAUGGCAUCCUAUUUGUGCGUUUCCCUGAUGGAAGGCCGACAGGCGACGCCUUUGUCCUAUUCGCCAGUGAGGAGCAUGCUCAGUGCGCUCUCAGGAAGCACAAAGACAUCCUGGGAAAGAGAUACAUUGAGCUGUUCAAGAGCACCGCCGCUGAGGUGCAACAGGUGUUGAACAGGUACACGUCAGCCCCUCUGAUCCCCGUGGCUCCAGCCCCCCUGGUGUCAAUGUUGCCCUCUGUGUCUCUGUUGCCCUCUCCUGGUGGUGUGAGGGACUGCCUCAGGCUGAGGGGGCUGCCCUACACCGCCACCAUAGAGGACAUACUGGCCUUCCUAGGAGAAUACACACACGACAUCAGACCACACGGAGUACACAUGGUGGUCAACCAACAGGGUCGUCCGUCAGGGGACUGUUUCAUCCAGAUGCGUUCAGCGGAGCGGGCUUUCUCUGCCUCCCAGCGGGUCCACAAGCAGGUGAUGUCUGGUCCGGGCCAGGCUGGCAAGCGAGGGGUUAACAGCCGCUAUGUGGAGGUGUUCCCCUGUAGCGCUGAAGAGAUGGGUCUGGUGUUGAUGGGAGGCUCCCUCUCACACACACACAUUCACACACACACCCGGACUAGGAGUGGGACAGGGCUCAGCCCGCCGCCAUGUAAGUCCAGACGUCUGUCUCCUCACUCCUACUCCUUCCCACCCAUCCCUUCCAUCAUGCCGGCUGAGGCUGCCGGCCUCUUCCCUCCCAUUGGGCAGGUGCUGCUGAGUCCCCGCCCCCUAGGACCUGGACACGCCUACUACCCAGCUAGCACUCAGCUCUACAUGAACUACACUGCAUACUAUCCCAGUCCCCCAGGUUCUCCCAACACUAUAGGUUACUACCCCUCCCCCACCCCUCUGCCCUCCCCUGGGGGAGUGGUCCGCAUGCAUGGCCUUGCCUAUAAAGAACUGCUCAACACCAUUCAGGGAUACCAGUACGCUACUGAGGAUGGCCUUGUGCAUGCUCAUGCUAACAUGCACAAUCACGAUCCCUCCCGGACCCUGCUCACGCAGCCCAAAGAGUGGGUGUGUUUUUAAGGGGUGUGUCCUAGGCAGGCGGAAGAGUCCUAUGGAGGCAUUGCCUGUACUGAGCAGUAUGAUUGGUCAGUCCAGCAGCGGUGAUGCUCUGAUGCCCUUCCCCCCUCUCCUGACCAAGCAAGGAGGGCACUACCUGGACCUAAACAUGCUGUAGAAGGCUCAAAGAUCCACACACUGACACUCACUACCCAAACACUAUACCAGGGGUGUCAAACUCAUUUUACCCCAAGGGCCACAUUGGGGUUUCACCCAGAUCUGGAGGGCCACAUUGGGGUUUCACCCAGAUCUGGAGGGCCACAUUGGGGUUUCACCCAGAUCUGGAGGGCCACAUUGGGGUUUCACCCAGAUCUGGAGGGCCACAGUGAAAAGUGGUUAUAUUUCCUUUUUUAAAAUAUAAGACAUGGCUCUCGAUAUUAAACUGUGCCGAAAGUUUGACACUCCUUCACCACAAUAUCACCCCCCCCCCCCCCCAAAGGACAUGUGGGGGAAUGUCCUGGCCUCCAGCUCUGUUGUGUGUUCCCUGUCUGAGUUUUGUGGUAUAUACAGUGUAUAUGCAUGAGAGCAGAAAUGUAUUUUAUAUCAGAGCUUUGCCUCAGCCAAACAGCAGCUCUGUCUUAUAUUGCACAUAGUAUUUAAAAAAAGCUUUCUAGAGAGACGCUCUAAGAUGUUACAACCACUUCAGGAGACGUCUGUUAGAAGUAGAGCUGCGUUUAGUACUAAUUAUUCAUCUCAACCUUUCUUCAUGACUUGCAUGCAUUUGUGUAUGUGUGUAAGUGCUUGUGAAUGCGUGUGUGUGUGUAUACGUGUGUGUGGAUGUGUGCGUAAGUGCAUGUGUGAGAGAGAGAGAGGAAUGUGUAUAGUGCACUACUCUCUCAGAUGCUAUAUGUAUAUAUUUCAUUUUAUACUGUCUGUCUAAAAACAUAUUACAUUUUAUUUCUUUAUACUUUCUAUAAUUGUACAAUCCAAUACUAGAACGUUGUAUUAGGAAGCCUCCUGCAUGAAGAAGUUAGUAGUGCUAGCUACACUCAGAUGUUUACAUGUUAUGGAAAAUAUAAAGCACUGCUAACCAAUCAGAUUACUAUACAGAUUAUACUGUAUAUCAACAGCAUAGUGUCUGACAUAAGUUACAUGUAGUUAGUCAAAUGCUGAAUCACUCCCACACCCCUCCCAUCUAACCUGUUUAUGUUUGCCUAGUUCCACUCCACCCUUGCCUUUUGUAUGUGAUGCCAAGCUGAGCCCAGAGCCAGGAGAUUACUAUUCCUGUUGCCGGUGGUGUAAAGUACUUAAGUAAAAAUACUUUCAAAUACUACUUAAGUAGUUUUUGGGGGGUAUUUGUACUUUACUAUUUAUAUUUUUGACAACUUUUACUUUUACUCCACUACGUUCCUAAAUAAAAGUAUGUACUUUUUACUCCAUACAUUUUUCCUGACACCCAAAAGUACAAGCUACAUUUGGAAUGCUCAGGCAGGACAGUAAUGUGGUCCAAUUCACACACCUAUCAAUAUAACGCGUUGUAAUCCCUACUGCCUCUGAUCUGGAGGACUCACCAAAAUAAAAUACUGCGUUUCUUCAUGAAUUUACCACAGUUGAGUACUUUUUACACCACUGUCUAUUGCCUUACCCAGCUCGGUCCCAACUCACUGUGAUGGAGAUUUACCACUGUGCUCUCUGAUUCCUUACUGUAAUGUCACUGUGCCUGCAUCUCAACAGUCUACUUCACUGACAUAAAAGGAAUUGUUCUCAUCUAUCAUGAGUUUUCAGAUCAGUGCAGACUAAGGAGAGGAGGCAAGGAGAGGACCGCGCUUCAGACUAUUGAAACUCAACCAGUGUGUUUUACUCCCAUGAAGGCCAGAUUAGACAGUAGAGCUAUAAAUGGCCCAUAAUGAUGUAAUACAUUGAUGUCUGCUGUGACUGUGGGUCCCUGGCUGUCCAGGGAACUCUCCUGUGACCACACUGACACUAAUAAAUAGAACAUGUGAAACAA